AUGCCAGUCUUUAACAGCACUCUUGCUAAGCGCCGACGCUUCCAGCCUCCCAUCACCACCUAUUUCACCUCGGCAGCAGAAUCCGAUGCAUCCGGUACACACGAGCACUACUCUGCAACGACCUUCUCACCCACCCCUGUCGUCCCAGCUAAGGUGCAGGCCUCGCUUUUGUCGGUCGGCAUGCGUGUCCGCAAGUCGAGCGACGAUGGCGACGCUUUUUCUCUCCCGCCAAGCAGUCAGGAAUCCAAUGCUUCAGCUCCGCUGCCCCGUCUCAAUGGCCAGAAGAGACAAUUCGAUCUUGAUAAUGAUGUUUUUGCCGACGAUGAGAUCUUAGCAGAUGCUGAUGACGACUCCUGGCGAGAGAAGCCGCUCGAACGCACUAUUCUGACCCCCAGCUUAGGCCAGCAAAGACGCCGGGUAUCUACUGUACCCCAGAAGCAUGUCCUGGCUUCAACCAAUUUGAUAUUGGAUGAUUUUGAAGAGGCCUCGUUCCUUCGUCGCCGAGAAGAAGUCGACAGCGACUACAAAAUGGACUGCGCUUAG